GAACAAAGAUACAAAACAGAACUGACGUGCUGACUUAUUUUUCAUUGACAAUAAGUGCUCAUUUUACAUGGCGACCGUGACUUGGUCACGCAUCCCUGCCUGGAGGAAGUAGACCAAGUGAAAAGGAACUUCAUGGCCAACAAAGAGGCCAUGUAUAAUAUACAAUUUGAAAAGGAACUUCAUGGCCAACAAAGAGGCCAUCUAUAAUAUCCAAGUGAAAAAGGAACUUCAUGAUCAACGAGAGGCAUCCCGUAUUCUGACCUACCAAAAGAAAAACGAAUGUGCCCACAGGAUUGCGAAGGCCCACUCGACAGCCCCUUCUGCGAAUAUACGUGCAGACACUGCACAGCCAGCACCUCCAAACAUUACAUUACAACCAACAAAUAAACACCUGUGCGAAGACCAGCACCGGUACCGCCAGCGCAACAAGCUGUGCCAUCGGAAUAAGUGCGAGAGGCACACCGCCACGAGGCGCAUACGAGGGAGCAUCAGCGUGCCACAUCCGGCGACGCCCAGCUGAUGCAAAGUACACAAAAUGCAUUCAUAUAUCAACACAAAUUUGGGAUAGGUCAUGA